ACUUACCUUCCAAACAAGAAGUUUUAUACUACUCCACUCUAUUACGUACCUACCUAUAGUACGUACCUAAUAGUAAUAAUAUAUACCACCACUCAUCCGAUCCUACCUAGCUAGCUUUUUAUAGAAAAAAGAAAAAAAGAAUACUAGCUACUUGUAAUAAUAAUAAUGGAUAUAAUGGGCAAUUACUACUCUGGGAAUUUCCUGACGGCGGUCGCCACAUCCUCCAACUUUUGGUCAACUGAAGCACCUGGCGGCGGCGCUGCUGCGGUAUCCUCGCCCCUGUCUUCCGACGACAUUAGUACUGCUGCAGGCUGCAGUAGUUUUUCGACGACGACCACCACCGCGAACAACAUUAUCAUGGAAGACACCAUGUCCUUGGCCUGCGAUAUUCCCAAGAAACGAGCGGGCCGGAAGAAGUUCCGGGAGACCCGGCACCCUGUGUACAGGGGUGUCCGGAGCAGGAGCUCCGGCAAGUGGGUGUGCGAGGUAAGGGAGCCCAACAAGAAGUCCAGGAUAUGGCUCGGCACUUUCCCCACCCCCGAGAUGGCCGCACGUGCGCAUGACGUCGCCGCCAUCGCUCUCAGGGGCCACUCUGCAUGCCUCAACUUCGCCGACUCCGCCUGGCGCCUCCCCGUCCCCGCUUCCCUCGACCCCAGGGACAUCCAGAAGGCCGCCGCCGAGGCUGCCGAAGCCUUCCGAAGCGAACCCACCGCGGCGGCCGCCGGAGGGGGGAACGCGGAGGCGUGGAUGAUGGAGGAGGAGGAUGUGAUCUUGGAAACGCCGGGAUUCUUCGCUGACAUGGCGGAGGCCCUGAUGCUUCCUCCGCCUCAUUACGAGGCUGACCGUACGGAUGAUUACGUGGACAGUUCGGCUGACGUGCCACUCUGGUCUUACUCGUUUUGAUCCAUUAUUAAUUCAAACGGACCCCUUUUUGUCUUGAAUGCUUUGAUCAUGUAAUUCCGUACUGUGUAGCUGGAGCGAGUAGUAUU